AUGGAGCCCGCGGUGGCCGGUGGCUUCUCCCCGGAGCAGUUCCGGGAGGCCUGUGCCGAGCUCCAGCAGCCCGCGCUGGCCGGGGCCGAGUGGCAGCUCAUGAUGGAGACCUUGGGCAUCAGCAUCUACCGGCUGCUGGACCAGCAGACGGGACUGUAUGAGUAUAAAGUCUUCGGAGUUCUGGAGGACUGCCCGCCGGCUCUGCUCGCGGAAGUCUAUAUGGACUUAGACUACAGAAAACAGUGGGACCAGUAUGUCAAAGAACUCUACGAAAAAGAAUGCAACGGCGAGACUGUGGUCUACUGGGAAGUGAAGUACCCGUUUCCCAUGUCCAACAGGGAUUAUGUCUACAUCCGGCAGCGGCGAGAGCUGGACGUGGAAGGACGGAAGAUCUACGUGGUCCUGGCCCAGAGCGCCUCCGUGCCACAGUUUGCUGAGAGGCCGGGCGUGAUCCGGGUGAAGGGAUACAAGCAGAGCCUGGCGAUUGAGAGCGAUGGCAAGAAGGGGAGCAAAGUGUUCAUGUACUACUUCGAUAACCCAGGUGGCCAGAUUCCGUCCUGGCUCAUUAACUGGGCCGCCAAGAACGGAGUCCCUAACUUCUUGAAAGACUUGGCAAAAGCCUGUCAGAUCUACCGCCAGAAAACAUAA